AUGGUAAGGUCCAAUCUUCACACCAUAAGUUUAAUCUUCACGGCGCACCCCAAACUUCACGGCAAAAGCUCAAUCUUCACGGCAUCGCUCAAUCUUCAUGGUAAGGUCCAAUGUUCACAAAAUGAGCUUAAUCUUCACGGCGCACCCCAAACUUCACGGCAAAAGCUAAAUCUUCACGGCAACGCUCAAUCUUCACACCAUAAGCUUAAUCUUCACGAUGCACCCCAACUUUCACGGCAAAAGCUCAAUCUUCACGGCAAAGGCUUAAUCUUCACGGCAAGGCCCAAUCUUCACACCACAAGCUUAAUCUUCACGGCAAGGCCCAAUCUUCACACCACAGGUUUAAUCUUCACGGCAAGGUCCAAUCUUCACGGCAAAAGCUCAAUCGUCACGGCAAAGUCCAAUCUUCACACCACAAGCUUAAUCUUCACGGCAAGGUCCAAUCUUCACACCACAAGCUUAAUGUUCACGGCAAGGUCCAAUCUUCACGGCAAAAGCUCAAUCUUCACAGCAAUAGCUAAAUCUUCACGGCAAGGUCCAAUCAUCACAGCAAGGUCCAAUCUUCACACCAUAAGCUUAAUCUUCACGGCAUAA